ACACACACACGCGCGCACACACACACACACACACACACACACACACACACACACACACACACACACAAACAGCCCCCGGCCUGGUGUCACGCAGACUCACUACCAGCAUUUAACCCCGGACCGGCGGCCUGGCUGGCUGCCCCCCUACAGGUGGAUGAAUGAAGACCCCAUUCAAGAGCCCAGCGGCCCCACGGCCCCCCCGACCAGACGGGGGACAUUCAGGUGUGUCUGCAAACAUGAUGAAGAAGAAAAACUCACACAAGAAACAGAGGACCAGUGUUGGUCCCAGUAAGACUCUGGCUCAGCCCAGAAGGAAUAUUGUGGGCUGCAGGAUCCAGCACAUCUGGAAGGAGGGCAGUAAGUCGUCCCAGUGGAAGGGGACGGUCCUGGACCAGGUCCCUGUGAACCCGUCCCUCUACCUGAUCAAAUACGACGGCUUCGACUGCAUCUACGGCCUGGAGCUGCACAGUGAUGAGAGGGUGGUGGAGCUGGAGGUCCUUCCUGACAGAGUGGCUCCGGCCCGUGUCAGCGACUCGAUGCUGGCUGAAACAAUGAUCGGUAAAGCGGUGGAGCACAUGUUCGAGACGGAGGACGGGCCGAAGGAGGAGUGGAGGGGGAUGGUGCUGGCUCGAGCUCCCAUCAUGACCGCCUGGUUCUACAUCACCUACGAGAAAGACCCGGUCCUCUACAUGUACCAGCUGCUGGACGACUACAAGGAGGGAGACCUGCGCAUCAUGCCCGACUCCAACGACAGCGUGGCGGCGGAGCGGGAACCCGGCGAGGUGGUCGACAGUCUGGUGGGCAAACAGGUGGAGUACGCCAAAGAGGACGGCGGGAAGCGGUCGGGUAUGGUCAUCCACCAGGUGGAGGCCAAGCCCUCCGUCUACUUCAUCAAGUUCGACGACGACUUUCACAUCUACGUCUACGACCUGGUCAAGACCUCCUAAGAUCAGAAAGCCGGUCCAGGACCCCCAAAAAGACUUACUGAGACCUGCUUAGACCCACCGAAAUAACCCCACCGAAAUCCCCCAGUGAAGGAAAACUACGGCUAGGGUUUUAAACAUCCACGAUCUACAGAGACGCCUGAGACAAACAAUAUCAUUCUUUACUCUUUCGCCUUAAACACAAGAAAACAAAUUCAGUUAUGGAAGCCCAGCCCCUCACCAAGACAGAAAAAACUACAACCAGCUCCAAGUCUUCAGGUGUAUCCAGUCAUCUUAUAAUCCAUCAUUAUUGUCCAGAUUUCUUUAGACUAUGUUUGGAUGCUUCCUCCGACACAAAACUGGUUUGUGGGCCCCAAAGAAGACCAGGGAUCCUGUGUUAUAUGGAAUAACUUAAACCUGUAUUGUGAAAUACUAUUUUGGAACAUUUGUGGCGGUAAUACACAAAAACUUGGCUAAAAUCGGGAAAAAAAACCACUGCUGGUUGAGUUGGAAAACUUUUUCUAGAAGCUGAAAUCUGCGGAGACCCGAUCCUGAGAUCCUCAAGACAAAACAAAAACGUUUUCUGACCCAAAUAUCAUUUGCUCCAGAGUGAAAGCAGGUCUGAAACUAUUAAGGUAAACAGAAAGACCUUACC